AUGACAGCCCUUGGUCUGCCUGGACGGAUCCGCACGCGUGCGGCCUACCGGCGUGAGGGCGAUGCCCCUGUCAAGGCGCCCGUCUCCGGCGCGGCCUGCGCUGGCGCAGCGCCGGCACCGGAGGCCCACGCAGGGAGUGAGCCAGUGACAGCGCCUGGUGGCGACGAGGACCCCGGCGCGUCGCUGCCCUCGGGCUGUGCGGCGAUGCGCGGCCCGGCGCGGCCCGACGAGAACAAAGAGAACAUUGCGCCACGCGCGUGGGAGUCGAUGGCGAUGCGCACGCGACGGCGCACGGCCGCCUCGGAGCGUGCGCCGGACGCCGACGCCCCAGAGCCGGCGCCGGCGCUUCCCCAGACGCCGCGCAAGAAGCGCAAGGUGUGGACGCCGCCGGCGUCGACGUCGUCCACGGCGGCCCAUACCCCCGAAAAGGCGAGCCCUAGUGCCGUGCCGACGCCGCCGCCGACGCCGCCUGCGCCGAGCCCGUACGCGCGUGCGCGUGCGUGCCUACGCGAUGAGGCGCUCGUGGGCCGCGCGGCGGAACGGCAGCGCAUCGAGGCGUUCCUGGACGAGUCGCUCGCACGCACGUCCGAUGCCUCGGGCUGCUUGUACGUCUCGGGCAUGCCCGGCACCGGGAAGACGGCGCUCGUGCGCGACGUGCUGCGCGCGCGGCCGGAGCGCCACCUGUACAUCAACUGCGUCGGCCACGCGCAUCCCGGCACGAUCGUCGCGCAGCUCGCCGCCGCGCUGGGCCUCGACGACAUGGCGCAGCUCGCGCAUGCGCCGCCCACGGAGGCCGCGCCGCUCAUUGUGGUGCUGGACGAAAUGGACCACCUGCUGCACACGCACGACGAGGUCCUGCAUACCCUCUUCUGCCUGCCGGCCCAGGUGCGGCAGCACACCGCAGCGCGCCUCGCGCUCGUGGGCAUCGCGAACUCGCUGGACCUGACGGAGCGCUUUGUGCCGUGGCUGCGCAGCCUCGGUGUGCCGCCCGCGCUGCUGCACUUUGCGCCGCUCUCGGCGGACGAGGUGUGUGAGCUGCUCGAGACGCGCCUGCGCGACGCCGCGACGAUGGUGACGCGGCCCGCGCUGCAGCUGCUCUCGCGCAAGCUGAGCGCGAGCACCGGCGACGUGCGCCGCGCGCUCGACACGUGCCGGCAGGCGCUCGACCUCGCCGAGCAGGGCGCGCAUGCGCAGGUCACGCCGACGCUCGUGCUGCGCGUGCUCGCGCAGAUGGCCGGGCACGCGCAGGUGCAGCGUGUGCGCGCGCUGAGUGUGCAUGCGAAGCUGCUGCUGCUCGCGUGGGUCGUGCUGCAGGUGCAGGCGGACGCGGGCCUGCACAGCACGCGCGGCGACGGCGGCGUGCGCCUGUGUGAUCUGGAAGACAUGUAUGCACACAUGCUGCAGAGCGACGGCGCCUUUGCCGCACCGCUCGAGAGCUCGGAGCUGCUCGACGUGCUCGAGCGCCUCGAGGUCCAGGGCCUCGCGCGUGUGUACACGGACGUGGGCGGCGGCAGCGCGCCGCCUGCGUUUUCGCGCCCGUCGCGCAAGGCGUCAAGCUCGCCGCGCGUGUCGCCGAGCGGCAAGCGCACGGCCGCGCGGCAGCUGCUCGCGACGAACCGGCGCAUGGCGCCGACGCUCGAGCGUGCGUGCAUCGUGCGCGCGCUCACCGAGGGCGCGGGCGACGGCAGCCACCCGCAGACGGUCGUCGACGCAAUGACGCGCCUGCUGCGCCGCGAGGAAGACCAGGUGGCGCGGCGCACGGCGUGGCGCGAGACGGAGCCGGCGCGCGAGCGCACGCGGCGCGACGAGCUCGGCGGGGGGCGCGCAGCCGUAGCCAGUCUGUAG